UCCACAGCCAUAGCGCUAUGAAUGUUUUAAUUGUCUUAUUUAAAUACACGUAUAAUUCGCGUAUUGAGGAACUAGUUAUUUUAAUUUUAGAAUAGCAGUUACACUCGCAGGCUCGCUGUACAACGUUACUGUUGUGGAUUUAUGCCGUAGACUCCAGCUCCCACACUCAAUAUUGUGAGAAAUAAAUAGGGUUAUCUGUACCCCUUUCAUUUUUGCAAGACGUUGUGCUUGUUAUGAUUACAAACAGAUGCUUCUUUACCAGAAUUAUGGCACAAAAGCACAAGUGAGUGGAGAAACUACAGCUAAUCCUAAAUAAUGCUCCAUCGUAUAUCGUCAGUAUGGUUUUGGUUUGGGUCAGAUCGCCCUGGAUUCUGUCUGGGGACAUCUUUUUUGAUAACACUCAUACUGCUGAUGUAUGCUGUUGGUGUCCAGGCAAGUCUCAGCUUAGGUCCAGGUGGAGACUUCCCAAGGGUCAGAGAUGUGUUCCUGUAUGCUUUCAGUCAUGAUGAGCUGCCCUCUCUGCUGGUUAGUGUUGCUUUUCUGCUGUUGGUUGGGCCGUGUCAGGAGCGUCGCUGGGGAACUGUCGCCUUCCUCGCCCUCUCCAUCCUGACAAUGACCAUAUUACCUCUUCUUUACACCCUGGUCCUCUUUGUCGGUGGGGGUGAGGCGAGUCGGAUCUGUGGUUACUCUGCAAUCCAACUUGCUCUGUUUGCAGCGCAUUGUCGUCAAGUGGCACAGAGGAGGCUGCUGAGGUGUUUGCCAGUCUGGUUUCUCCCCUGGCUUCUUCUGCUGAUGGGUCUGCUGCUGCUGCCCGGGACACCUGCCCUGCUUAACUUCUGCACAAUAUUCAUCGGACACAACUAUCACCAGCCCUUCAUUGGGAUGUUACAGGAGCUGGAGGAGGUCAGGGUCUUGGACUUCAUUCCUGAUUGGCUGUAUGUUCGCACUUCAGCCAGGUUCAGAUUGCCCACCUACACUACCUCACAGAGAUCUAGAUCACUUUCUCAGAUGAUGCCUGGAGAUCAGGCAGCUGCUCCCCCUAUGAGGGAUCCAUCUGUUUUGAACCCCCACCCAUGGGUGGAUCCAGCGCCUGCCUGGAUAAUGAAAGAGUUUGCUGCACUGUCAGAGGCCGAGGGGUUGGAGGAACAAAUGCUAAGGGCAGGAAUACUGGCAUCAUUACAGGAUGCUCCUGACAACCCUGAUGCGAAAGUGGAGGUGCCCAAAUCAUCAGUUUCCUCUCUGCGACUCCAGCAGCUGGAGAAGAUGGGCUUCCCCACAGAGAAAGCUGUACUGGCGUUAGCAGCCUCAAAACAGUUAGAUGGCGCCAUUUCUCUGCUCAUUGAUGACGGCGUCGGAGAACAGGCGGUGGUGGUAUCAAAAGGGAAGAGCCCUCUGCUGCCGGAGAGUACGUAGACGACCUCACACUCCUGGACUUAACAGUGUUUGCUCUUGUGCAGUAAACUGAACUUACAUUAUGCUUGGGUUUUGCUGAGCUUUAAUAUUAGUUUUUCCCUGUGGGCUACUUGUAAAUUAGAAUUCAUAGGGAGAGGAAGAACUGAGUUAUUCUUUUUCCAUGACUGGGAAUCUAAUCAAGUGUAGAUGCAAACUUGAGUGCGUUGGAGACCAUUUUUGUAUCUGCACAUAAAAUGUACAUUGAAGAGAGUGGAUGUCAUUUAUUUAUGCUGUAAUCACGUUUAAUGAAUACUGUUGUAACACAAAUAAAUACAGGGGACAUGUUAAAAAACAAA